AGAACAUUCUAAUAGAAGAAGAUCAAUGACUGUUUCGGAGCAAAUGCAGGGCAUCAUCGAAGAUUUAACGCAGAGCAACCGCAGCGGUGACACGGGCAGCGUGACAUUUGAAAAAGAGGACGAAGAUCAAUUCAACUCAGACCUGGAGGACAUGAAGGACAUCGACGAACUCCUGGAGGACGAACUGCUGGCACAGAAUAUCUUAGGAAUGACUUCGAAAGUGAAGACAGCAAGCGAGGACACCCUCGUCCCUUCUCCUGAGCAGGGUGCCGUGUCUGAGGGAGCCGCCGCCCCCGAACCGCUCUCGAAUCAGACCAAACAAAAAUGGAGUUCGAACCCGAAUAACGUCUCGAAAGGAAAGCGAGAUCGACAAGAAGAGAAAGAACGUCAAGUGGGGUGGGGGUGCCAGGAAAGUUUCGCCCCAGGCGCCACCAGCUCUUCGGACGGCCCUGUUUCUGAUAGAAGGAAUAGAGAAAGAAUGCAUUGUAAAGGAAUUAAAAUAGGCACAGUAUUUAGUUAG